UAGUUAAACUGUGCUGCAGGGAGGCGUCUCACAGCAGAUGCAGCAAAAAACCUCCCCUGGCCUUUUCUGCCCCCCAAAUUCCCUUCUGCACUCCAGGACGUGUCUGCUACCGCCCGCACAGAGAGCAGGAGCAGGUGAGACCAGCUCCUGCCAGGCUGCCUAAAUAAUGAAGGAAAUACCACGGCAGGGCAGAUUUAUUUCAGAGUUGGUUGCAGAGGGGGCUCUGGAUUGCUCUGCAAGAGUGGCAGCUUUUGUUUCCUGCUUCUGCUUUGCUGAGUCAAACCACGAGCAAAGCCGUUCAGAUCUGGAGAGUCUCGGUUCCUAUAAUGUCUAGCGGGGAAACAGUGCUGCUACUGGUUUUGUUCCUUCCUAGGGAGAUUUGUAGCUUUGCUGGGCAGGAGCUCUCUACUGAAAUGUGCUUAGCACAGCUGGAGCCUCUCGUCACAGCUGUAAAAGAAACAAUUAAAAAUAACAUUUGUGCUCAUCAGCACUGUCCAUUGGCUUCCCUUGGCGCUAAUACUCACACUCAGCUGCCUUUGAUGGGGCCAUUAGUCAAAUCCCCCUCUCUGCUGGCCAGGCUGCCCAUACUGAUGAGGACCCCGUUAUAACGGAAGAUCCUUCUGUCACUUCUGACACAACCUAUUCUUUCUUUCCACCCCCCUGAGGCAGCAUGGACAUCAAGGAGUAUUUCACCAGAAUUUCUUACCAGGGCUCCUACGAUAAGCCGGAUCUGGCUACCUUGACGGAUGUAUUCCAGCACCACAUCCGAGCAGUCCCUUUUGAAAACCUCAGCAUCCACUGUGGGGAAAGCAUUGAGCUGGACCUAGAAGCGACUUACAACAAGAUAGUGAGGAAGAAACGUGGGGGCUGGUGCAUGGAAAACAACCACCUUUUAUCGUGGGUCCUGAAAACCCUCGGUUACGACAUCACCCUUCUGGGAUCAAAAGUUUAUGACCUGGAGUACAAGGCGUAUGCAGAUGAAAUCAAUCAUCUGCUGCUAAAAGUGGUGCUUGAUGGCAAAUCCUACAUCGUGGACGGUGGAUUUGGCAGAGACCGCCAGAUGUGGCAGCCAAUGGAGCUGAUUUCAGGGAGAGACCAGCCGCAGACUCCUGGGAUCUUUCGCUUCCUGGAGGAGAGCGGGGUCUGGUACCUGGAGAAGGUGAAAAGGAAGCAGUGGGUUCCCAACCAAAGUGCCUCCACUGCCCAUAACGUGGAGAAAGAAGUUUGCCGUCGGGUUUAUCUCUUUACCCUUCAGCCACGAGACAUCGAAGAGUUCCGAGCCCAAAACACCCACUUGCAGACAGCGCCAGACUCGCUGUUUGUGACAAAGUCUAUCUGCAGCCUGCAGACCACCGACGGUGUCCGGGCUCUGGUGGGCUGGAAACUCACCGAGAUGAAGUACGAUUAUCAGGACAGUAUGGAUCUGGUGGAAAUCAGAAUCCUUGCAGACGAAGAAAUGGAGAAAACACUGAGAGAGAAAUUCAAUAUAACACUAGACAGGAAAUUUGUACCUGUCAAUAAAAGCAGGUUGUCUCCAUUUUAACUCACUCCCUUGAAUUAUAAUUCAAUCCAGUGCCAUUGCAUGCAAUCCUUCCUCUAUUUCUGACAAACAUCUUAACAUUAGGCUUUCAUUUCCAUCCACACCUGUGUAAGGCAGAACUUAUUAGCAUGAAUCUGGAAAGGAUAUUGAUUUUCACAACCGCUCCUGCAUUUCUUCUUGGUUUGGAUACAAAUAAUUUCUUCCUAGCUCAAUCAAAUCACUCCCCUUCUGUUUGUGCUUAGCUGGAAGCACACGCUGCCCAGUCCCUACUCCUUUCAUCUCUUAAAAGCUUUUCCAAAUACAUCCAGAGUAGCAGGGCAGAGGAGUGGAGCUGUAUGUCUCUUCCUUUAUUACUUUGCGCUGCCAGCUGAGGAAGAUCAUACCCACCUCUUAAAUGAAUACCACAGUACUUUUGGAAUUUAAUAGCCAGAAAAACAAAGGCAUCCAGUGUCGAGUUUGCUACAGUAAGCCAAAAGCCUGUCCUGUCUGCUCUUAUCUUCACAACACCCCCGCAGGCAGCAGGCAGGCUGUCCCAUGCCUAGGCUGCGCUCUGCAAAUACUUACCGACUGGCUAUUUACAGCCUGAAGCUGGGGAUGAGACAUGUUAGUGGACAUUUCUGUCUUCUUUCAGACUUGUCCCGUUCUCUCAGUGACACAGCCAAAGAGCAGUAUUUCUUUGAAUUGAAAGCAUCUCCCGUUGAAUUGAACGGGAAGCAUCGCCCUGCAUUUUGUUUGCUCCCACCCAGCAGCAGACUGCUGGGAAUACCCGCUCCUCUCCUAAGAGUGUUACUCUUCUCCAAGUGCUGUUGCACAUUACUUACCGUGCCUGAACCCAAACACAUGCCCAGAAUUGGUUUUCUGAAACCUAUCCGUUCUACUGAGGACGUGUUUGCAGUGAGACUAAUUAUAUUGAUAGAAGGGAAACGACUCAUCUUAAUCAGAUACCUAAAGGCUAAGAUUUGUAGCAUGGGAAAUUACUCAAAUGUAAUCACUUUGCCCUCUGAGAUGAUGCUUGAUGUUCCUUUAUGUACAAACCAUGGAAGCAUUGCAACUAUGCACUUAGAAUGAAGUAAAUGAUAUAAGUGAUAUCAAAACUCCAAGAAUUAUGAAGUAGAAGGAUGUAUUCGCAAACAUGUAUUCCCAAAGUAAAAAAUUUCAUUAAUCAC